GUGAUGAACGAAUAUUUUCCGCGGCAUCCAAAGUUGAUGGCCAAGGUCCCCUCCAUCGAGCUGUUUGAAGGCUUCGGAGGCCUCGUCGUCAGGCACAUGGGAGGCAUCAAAGACAUGCUGUACCGGAUCACCUUGAGGGACGCCCUGGUCGCCCGCGUGCUGUCGCCUCUGACGGCACCCGACUCCGGCUGGGCCCAAGCGCUGUGGCAGGACCCCGUGGCAAG